AUGGAGGGGUGGUCAAGGGUACUGGAAUAUGGCAAGCGACUCAGCCCGACGACACCCCACACUCCAGUACCCGACAACCUAUCAUCAUACCAUCUUCACCCAGUUCGCAGAUCAAAAUGCAAAAGUCCGCCCGCCUCGUCCUCGUCCGCGGCCGCUACUGCUUCCUCGUCGGUCGAAAUUAUUCUUGACAUAAUGUUGCCCCUCCGGCGUGGUCCGCCACCGCUCCUUCCUCGCGGGCGACUCCCUAAGCGUUGCCGGACCAAGUCUGACGGCCCGACCACAACUCCCCUCAGCGCACCAUCCAUUGGCAACCAAGUGCUGGAGAAGCUUGCGGAACUGGAAGCUGAAAACCAGGCCAAUGCAGCGCGGUUCGCCCGCCUAGGAGGCAGCCGCCGAGAGCGCCGCAAGGGAAGCUGCGAGGGACACCUCGAGGGAAGCGCGGAUUCUCCGCCUGGAGAAGGAGGCCGCCCUCCUCAGGCAGCGUCGACGGAUUCCAUUUGGAGUCAAUUGCGGCGCGCGUGCGCGCGAUACCGCAAGCGAAUUAACGACGUGAAGAUGCGACAGAUGGAGAAGAGUGAUGUAACUGGCGAAUGGACGCAGGACCCACUCAUGCAACGUUCACACGAUGGGCAAAUCAACGCCGGUUGCGGCACCUCCGAAAAGACGCUGGAUCGGGGGGUCUUCUUCGACUUUGGUCCUGCAGAUGCGUCACAAUUAAUUGUCGCUGCCAAGGUUCAAAUAAUCUUCGUAGUCUAG